AUGGGGAGACGUCGGCCGCUGGCGACGCCGCCCCUCUUUCUCCUCCUACUCCUCCUCCUCGCGCUCACACCGGCCGGAUCGUCGAGGUCCGCGGGCAGGGGUCCCGCGGGUCUGGACGCGCCCGCCGCGCGUCGCGUGCUCAACGUGACGCGCGAGUCCACGCGGGACGAGAUCCGCGCCGCGUUCCGGAGGGCGUCGCUGACGACGCAUCCGGACAAGGACGGGGGAUCCACCGAACGCUUCGUCCUCGUGGGCGAGGCGUACGAGGUCCUUCGCCACGGCAACCACGACGACGGCGGCGACUACGACGACGACGACGGCGACGCCGGUCACGACGACGCCGGUCACGACGCCGGGACGUCGCGAUGGGACGCCGCCGGUCACCGUCACCGUCGUCGUCGUCGUCAUCCUCGCGACGACGACGACUACAACAACGACGUCGGCCGUUCAUUCCGCCGUCGAAGCUUUGACGAGUUCGCGCGCUCCAGGGGCGCGUGGGACGCCGCAGGCGUCGGCGGCGUCGGCGGCGACGGGUGGGGGGGUGACCUGUGGGACUCGCCGACGGGAAGGAGGAGGGCGGCGGCGGCGUUUGGCGAUGCAUCCGCCGGUUCUGGAAACUUCCGGGCAUCGCGCAAGUGGUACGAGCGGGGACGAGGAGACGCGCCGCGGGGACACGCGGCGAACGCGGGAGGGGUACGAAGAGGAACGGGAAGAGACGCGGGCGGCAGAGGAGGUGCCGGUGGGUCGUACCCGCGGAACGUCAACCCCGGCGAUUCGUUCGGCUUUGGCGUCGGCGACGACGACGAUUGGGUUGGCCGAGACGUGAACGACGGCGAUCCCGGGGCGAAUAACCCGGGCCACUCGAGGACCAACCCUCGCGCCGCGCGCCUCCACGACGACACCGAGGCUGGCGCGAUCCCGCAGGGUCCUAUCGGCGCGGAGGGCGGCGGCGGGGGCAAGUGGUGGGAGCGCCGCGGCGGGAACGGCGACGGCGAAGCAGGGGUCUUUCACCCGCUUUUUCGCGACAAGUUCUCGAGGUCGGGCCGUCGGAUGUCGGAAAAUUCGGACCGGCGCGGCGCCUUCCACGGCGGGUACGCACCGCCGGAGGGUGCGGACACGUCGCCGCCGGGUGGGGAGGGCGAGUUUGGGGACGGCGGGGACGAAAAGUCGGCACCCGGGACAGCUGGCGACGCGUUUGGCGAUGCGACCCGUCGAGCGCCGCAAUCGGAGCCCCCAAAGUUUGACGACGACGAGACCAUGGAGGAGUACGUCGCGCGUCGGGCGUACGCGGACAGCUUCGGGAUGACGGGCCACGACAGGACGCUUGGCGACGGCGGGGACGAAGAGUCGGCACCCGGGGACGCCGGGGACGGGGAGGACGGCGGCGGAGUUCCGUCGCCGAGCGCUCCCGCGAAUGAGGGGAUGGCGCAGGCGGAGUGGGAGUGGCGACUGGAGGACCUCGAGGCGGCGCUCGGGGGCGACGCGUGGGGCGCGACGGGGCCGGGCGCGAACCCGGGUAACGAUUACCUCUGCGCCGAGGGCGUGGAGGAGUUUUGCGUGGCCUAG